GUGAAUUCCCCUUUUCAUAAGGACUGCUGCAAAAGCCUACUCCUCCACUUCAGGGCAAUGGCUCCUCGUCCAGAAGUCAGAGAUACCUCUUCUCCCACUCUUGAUGAUGCAGAUACGGCACCCAAAGACUCAGUCGUCCUGCCAGCAUAUUCUACAGAGGACAAGUAUGAGGAUGACCCCUGGAACCUCCCUGAACUGCAGGACAAUGGACUCAAGUGGUCAGAGUUGGAUACCAAAGAGAAGGUUAUGCGGGUUCUGACUGCGAUUGUCAAGUUCAUUCUGCUGGUUGGAUUUCUCUACAUGUUCGUUUGCUCUCUAGACGUCCUGAGUUCUGCUUUCCAGCUAGUUGGAGGUAAGGCAGCUGGGGACAUCUUCCAGGACAAUGCGGUGCUGUCCAACCCUGUGGCUGGCCUGGUGAUUGGAGUGCUGGUCACAGUGUUAGUCCAGAGUUCUAGCACGUCUUCCUCUAUUGUGGUCAGCAUGGUGUCUUCUGGAUUGCUGGAGGUCCAGUCUGCAGUGCCAGUCAUUAUGGGAGCCAACAUUGGAACCUCAGUCACCAACACCAUUGUGGCCAUGAUGCAGGCAGGGGACAGAAAUGAGUUCCGCAGGGCAUUUGCUGGUGCCACAGUGCAUGACUUCUUCAACUGGCUGUCUGUGCUAAUCCUGCUGCCUCUAGAGGCAGCUACUGGUGUCCUGUACAAACUCACCAAGAUCGUCAUCGACUCCUUCAACAUCCAGGGGGGAAACAACGCCCCUGACCUGCUCAACGUCAUCACCGACCCUCUCACCGAUGCCAUCAUAGAGCUGGACAAAAAUGUAAUCAGUGACAUUGCCACCGGUGACCCAGCAGCCAGAAACAAGAGUUUGAUCAAAAUCUGGUGCAAAACAGAGAAAAUCACGACUCUUGUGAAUAUAACAGUUCCCUCAGCUGCCAAUUGCACGACCGGUGCCCUCUGUUGGGUGGAAGGCAACAAGACAUUGACCCAGAUAAAUGUCACUGAAACAAUCAAUCUAGAGAGAUGCAACCAUAUCUUUGUUUAUGCUAACCUGCCUGACCUGGCUGUGGGCCUCAUUCUGCUGGCCCUAUCCCUGCUCAUCCUCUGUACCUGCCUCAUCCUCAUUGUCAAGCUGCUCAACUCCAUGCUUAAGGGACAGGUGGCUGUGGUCAUCAAGAAGGUGCUCAACACAGACUUCCCUUUCCCCUUUGGCUGGGUCACUGGUUACAUUGCCAUCAUGGUCGGAGCAGGAAUGACCUUCAUUGUCCAGAGCAGCUCUGUCUUCACCUCUGCAAUCACGCCCCUUGUUGGUAUUGGUGUUAUUAGCCUUGAGAGAGCUUAUCCCCUGACAUUGGGCUCAAAUAUUGGCACAACCACCACUGCUAUUCUUGCUGCUAUGGCUGCUCCUGGAGAAACACUAGCCAACUCACUGCAGAUUGCACUGUGCCAUUUCUUCUUCAACAUAGCGGGGAUUCUGCUGUGGUACCCCAUCCCCUUCACUCGGAUCCCCAUCCGCUUGGCCAGAGCCCUGGGGAACCGCACAGCCAAGUACCGUUGGUUCGCAGCGCUCUACCUCUUACUCUGCUUCUUCCUCAUGCCCCUGACCAUCCUGGGGCUCUCCCUGGCCGGCUGGCAGGCCCUGGUUGGGGUGGCCGUACCCAUCGUUGUCCUCGCCAUCUUCAUCAUCGUUGUUAACCUGAUGCAGGCACGUUGUCCUCAGUACCUGCCCAGCGGGCUGCGUGACUGGGACUUCCUGCCCCGCCCCCUGCACUCCAUGGCCCCCUGGGACCGUGUGGUGAUGUCAGGCAUGGCCUUCUGCGGCGCUCGCUGCUGCUGCUGCUGCAAGUGCUGCCAGAGUACUGAGGAUGAAGAGAAGGGUUUGCAGGAGAGGAAGAAGAGUCUGGAGAUAUAUGAUAACCCAGUCCUAACCAGAGACGAUGAGCCGCAAGAGACCUCCAAGGAAACUAUGAAAGCUACACAGCUCUAACGCAGUUACCAUAUCUAUCUGUAAGACAUAAAUAACCUAUUUGUAACAUGUUUGUAAUUCUCCAAGUUUGCUUUGGCUUUAUGGAGUUAACCAGUCUCUGUUUCGGUGAUAUUGUAUCAUGUGGUGUAAGCCUGAACAGGGCAACUGCACAUCUUGUAGGAUAACAUCACCAAAAAGUGAGUGUCCACUGUAUAUACACUGAGUAUACUAAA